GCCCACCAACAAUGCCUAAGAAUAACCAUACCAUACCAACACAUUUAUUAUUAUUUAUCCAGAACAAGAGUCCCACAAAGGGAAAAAAAGGAAAAAGAAAUAGUCAACGAAAACUUCGGCAUAUUCCCAGGUCCCGCUUUUAGUUUUUGUUUUGUAGCCCUCUCUCAGGCGCCCAUUGUUGCUUCAUCCACAACGGUCCACAACCGGUUGAUUCGACAGCAUUUUGUGGCGAUUUGCCGCCAGGGUCUUUGAAAAUGUGACUACGGAGUAUGGGUCCUGGGAACGAACGGGGACCACGUUAUGCGCCCGGCGAGCGACGCUGGCGAGCAGCUGCCGGGAACUUAUAACUUAUUCCUCCACAUGAGUGGCCAGAAUCGACUCAAGGCGAGGGCACCAAAAACAACAAAGCCGGCUGGUCGAAGGCGCGCUGGGUUGUGGACCGUCGAGGCAUUCGAGAACCAAGCAGAGGCAGAGUGUGUCAAAUAAUACAUGGUCAUUCGGGACCUUAUCUGUGGCUUGUUUUACAGAAUAAUGCGCCACCGUUUGUUGGGCCUUGCCGGGGGGGGGAGUCAAGAUCAAACCUCAUAGAGUCAUUACUGCGUAGGUCGUUCGUUGACUUAGCGGGGGGGGGAGUUAACGAACGGUAAGUUAGAACUUAACUGAUUAUUAGAAGAAAGUGAAACUGAAACAGAUCAAAUUGGCUUGAACAAAUGGAAUAAUAUCAUACAUAAAUAAUCCAUGCUUGUUCUGCUUUUGUGUUGCCCGGAUAUAAAAAUAGAACGUCAAUCAACAUGGGGAUAACCAAGCUUG